AUGACCACUCAAACAUCAGGCAAAACAGUAUUCUUCACCGGAGCCACUGGCUACAUUGGCGGUACAGUCCUCGAAGCGAUCCUCAACUCUCCCCAACCACCCAAACUCGUCACCUUGCUUAUUCGAGAUGAGAAGAAAUCCAGCGGAUUCCAAUCACUCGAUGCAGCCAAAAAGGCAAAUGUAGAAAUCAAAACUUUGAUAGGAUCUUUGGAAGAUCUCGACAAGAUCACUACUGCUGCUUCAGAACAUGACGUUACGAUCCAUACCGCCGAUGCGGACAACCUAGAAGGUGUAAAAGCUAUUUUGAAAGGACAAAAAAUAAGAAAGGAUAAAACUGGUCAUAGACCUUUGUUGAUCGAGACUUCCGGUACGGGUGUGCUGGUGGAUAAUGCUAAAGGUGCUUAUCCUAAUGAUAUCAUCUACACCGACCUCAACCCCACUCCCGCAACCAAGGAUUCCCCUGCUCUUCUCUCCAUGACUGAACUCCCUCCUACUGCUCCACACCGAAAUGUCGACCUCGAGAUCCUUGCUGCUGACAAAGCCGGUACCAUCAAAUCCUACAUCGUCUUACCUUCCACCAUCUGGGGUAAAGGUGUUGGUGAAGUGUACGAUAAGGGAUUGAGCAACUCUUUCUCGGACCAAAUCCCCACUUUGAUCAAGGCUGCUUUGGAUAGAGGUAGAGCUGGUAUGGUUGGUGAAGGUAAGAAUAUCUGGCCCCACGUCAAGAUCACCGAUCUUGCCUCUCUCUACGAGCUCGUAUGGCUCAAAGCCACCCAACCCAACCCCACCAUCGGUCACGGUCCAUCAGGAUACUACUUCGGUAUCUCAGGAGAAUACACUUUGUUCGGCGCUACUUCCAGAAUCGGUCAGGCGUUAGUCAAAAACAACUUGAUCCAAAGCAAGGAGACUACUCCAACUACGUUCACCGAGGAGGAUUUGAAGAAGUAUUACAACGGAUCGAGCUAUAUGGGCACCAACUCGCGAGGUGUAGCCGAUCGAUCGAAAUCGAUAGGAUGGAGACCUAAGUACACUGAACAGCAAGAUUUAUAUGAUCAUAUUGAUCGAGAGGUCGUUAGAGUUCAGAAGGAAUUUGGGAAUGAAUAUAAAGCGAAGAAGUUUACUUCUUCUUAUUAA